GUCCGUCAUUUCGAACAGACGUGCAGAUACAGCGCCGAGAUACAUCGAGAAGUAUCUAAAAGAUACGCGUAGUUUUGGUACCAGCAAAACAACAACUACUGACCGCUGACUAAAGUGAAGUUUAACCCUUAAAAUAAAUGGGAAAAUUUAUAUUUGAAAAUGCUAGUGGAAAAUGUAUCCGUGAGAUACGAAUGUGAGAGAAGAAUCAAGUGUUAAAAGUAAAAACCAAAAACGAAAAACCGCCCCCGCCGCACAACAAUAACAAAAACAACCGGUACGCCGCCGUCGCUGUCGCCGUCGCCGCCGCCAACCUCCCCCCGAAAAACUGACGUCGUCGUCGCGCAAAUCGUUUUGGAAAUAAAUCGUGUUUUGCCUUUUUGCAGUUCGUUGGUUGAAUUUUGUUGUUGUUUAUAUACGCCAAGUUAUUUACGUCGCAACAAUAAAAGAAAAAUAAUAGCGAAGACAACAAAACAAAUCGAGUCCCGGCAGUCGGCGAAAAUGUUUUACAAUUAAAAUUACGCGCGCAGCGGGCAGAGGAGAGUAGUAUCCGCAAGAUACACAAACCAACAAACACACAUACUAUACCCUACCCUAGCGCUCAAUAUGCGCAAAUUAAACUAAAAUGCAGCACACCGGCGGAGCUGUAAAAACUUUUACGACUGACUGCCACCCGCACAGUCGAAAAUAAUACCAGAUACAAAUUAAGGUCGCCCAGGAGUUUCGUUCCCUACCUGCCAGCCUGCGAGUAUAUUAGUCUCAGUCCUUAGAUCCUUACACAAAAGGAUAUAUAUUCACCGCCAAGGGAGCGACACACACACACACAAAGGCCGUAAAACAUUUUGGGCUGCUGCAGCAGGUCUCCUCCUUCUCGCAGGACUCGUAAAUUCACGGCCCAACCAAGCCGCCACCUCCAGAAAUAAAUAAAAACAAGGAAGCAGCCGAAAAAUUCAAGACACUCACCGUCAAGUAACUGCAUCCAGCUAACCAGCCAACAAGCCAUACAUACAUCUAUAUAUAUAUAUAUAUAUAUUUAUAUAUAUAUAGGGUAUAUAUAUUCGCGCAGAGAUGGCGGGCAACAUUGUCAAAUGGUGGAAGCAUAAAAUUCUCGGCGGCUACAAACAAUUCUCAGUCCAGGAAUGCACCACAGACUCCGAGGAGCUGAUGUACCACCAGGUGCGCGCCUCCUCCUCCUGCAGUGCCCCGCCCGACCUGCUGCUGGUCAGCGAACGUGACAAUAAUAUACAACUGCGAUCCCCGGUGGUGAAUAUAAUCACAACGCCGCCAGGCAAUGCCUCCAGUUCGGCAUCGAAGCAUCAUCAUAACCAGCAUCAUAGCACGCAUCCCCACCACAACCACAACAACUCCAGCUCGAAUGCCGGCCGUCAUCCACAGUCGGGGAAUCCACAUCCGCAGGAUGUGAGCAGCGGCGGUGGCAGCCAUAGCAAACACCUGCGCAUCAGCAGCGGCAGCAAUGGCCGGCAUGGCAAGUACUCGAAUAUGCAACAGCAACAGGCUCAGCCGCAGGACGAGGACGUGGUGGAUGCUGCAGCGGCAAUGACGCAGCAGCAACAUGGCGGUCACAAUACACACUCCCGGCAUCUGCAUCACCACAAGGAGGAGCGCAUCCGAUUGGAGGAAUUCACCUGCGACGUGUCCGUGGAGGGCGGCAAGUCAUCACAGCCGCUGCAGUUCUCGUUCACGUUCUACGACCUGGACGGCCACCAUGGCAAGAUAACAAAGGACGACAUCGUGGGCAUUGUGUACACCAUAUACGAGUCCAUUGGCAAGAGCGUGGUGGUGCCCCACUGUGGCAGCAAGACAAUCAACGUGCGGCUCACCGUCAGUCCCGAGGGCAAAUCGAAAGCGCAGCCAGUGCCCAAUGCCGGUGUUGGUGUUGGUGUCGCUGCCGGAUUCGGUGCUAGCAAGUUGAAGAAAUUGCCCACGGGUCUGGCGGCCAUGUCGAAAACAGUGGCGGGUGCAGGAGCUGGAGCGGGUGGGGCCAACGGUGCCACUGCGCUAACGACAUCCGCCGGCAGCCGCCGCCAGCAUCGCUAUCGACCACGCAAACUGAUUAAGUCCGAUGACGAGGACGACGACAGCAACAGCGAGAAGGAUGCCAUCCCAUCCACGGAGCAGCAUCAGCCCAGUGGCAGUGGAGGAAAGGCUGGCGGCAAGACAGGCCAUCACCAUCAGGCGCGGUAUCAUCAGAAGAACAAUGCCAGCCGGCCAGAGCAAUGCUGUCCGGAGCAGCACACGCCGGACAAUGGUCACAAUACCUACGAGAAUAUGCUGAAUCUCAAAUGCUGCAAGCCGGAGAGCAGUGACAGGGACAGGGAUGUGGUGGAUUGCCCAACAGGACAGCGACAGCAGCACCUGCACAGCCACCAGCAACAGCAGCAACAGCGGCAGCAGGACAUCUACAUGAAGCAGGCCACCCAGCGGGUGAAGAUGUUGCGGCGGGCGCGCAAACAAAAGUAUCAGGAUCACUGCCUUGAAACGCGUCAGCGCAGCCUCUCAGUGGGCAACGAUUCCACCUGGCAGAAUCGUCAUCUGCAGCAGCAGCAACCACAGGCAGUGCAGGCCUCACCCGCCCAGCCGCUGAACCACAAGAGUGUCUCGGUAUCGCCACCAUUGGGUGGUGCAGGUGGUGGUGGUGGUGGCGACCUUAUGCUGGAUGGUGUGCAGCUGCGUCAGCCGCGCCCCCAAUCUCUAACCCACCACCAGCAGCAGCAACAUCAGCAACAGCAAAGGAAGUCGGCCGAGUGCUGGAAAUCGGCGUUAAAUCGCAACGAUUUAAUUAGCAUCAUUAGGGAGAGCAUGGAGAAGAAUCGCCUGUGUUUUCAGUUGAAUGGAAAACCCCAAGCCAAUGUGAGUCCCAUACGGCAACCGGCAGCACAACAACAACAACAGCAACGCCAACGCUGCAAUACGGGCUCGAAAAUACCAACGCUAAUUGCCAACCACAGCCCAGUCGCCCAGCAAUCGCCGCUCAGCUGCAGUCCACCCACAGCGGACACCACCUGCAUUCCAGUGGCGCCACUAUCCAACGAGGUCAGCGCUGGCCAUCAGCAGCAGCAACACCAGCAGCAGCAGCAUCACAGCCACCACGAGCAUCCCCAACCGCACAUCCCCAUCUACCACCAACAGCUGGCCAUUAAUCCGGCCGUUUUGGCCGCCCAGCAAACCCACAAUACGGCCCACAACAAGCUGAAUCUAUGUGGCUACGAUUCCUUCCUGCAUGCCACCAUCUGCGGUGGCGGAGCAGCCGCCCACUCGCCACCGCCCACGCCCAGCAAUGUGGCCACCGUUCAGCCCAUACCCAAAAAGAAUCAAAAGAACCUGCUGCAGGGUUACCAGCGACUGGACCAGCAGCAACAGCAGAAGGAACAGAAGGAGCAGCGCAGCAGCAAGGACUACAGGAACUAUGGCAAUCUCAUCUAUGCCAAGCUGAGUGAACAGUUGCAGCAAAAGGAGCGAGAGCAGCGACGCCACCGACACAAGCAGCAGCAGCAGCAUCAAAACCAACUGCUGCAGGAGAAGCACAAGGAGCCGGAGCAGGCGGAGCAGCGUCCACCCACCUCUAACUCCAGUUCCGGUGGUUCCAAGAUCUAUGGCGAUGCCCUGGAGUGUGCCCAUCUGUUGGCCAGCGAGGAGGAGGAUCUGCCACCCAGUCCCCAGUUGACUAGUACUCCCAGCAAGGUGGUCAGCACCGAUACCCUCAUUGACCUGAACGACGACGUGGGCGAGGCUGUGGCGGAGGCGGUCACAGAAAGCGGCAAACAGUCGCUGGAGGCGGAGGAGGGUCAGGCCCAGGAGGUGGAACUGGACACCAGUGCCUCCAGUUCGAUGAUCCACCGCUAUGUGCAUGAGCACAUCCACCAUCACUAUCACCACUUCAAGGAGCAGCAGGAUGUCUAGGCUAAGAAGAGAGGGAGGGAAACGCACACACUAUAAACUAUUUGAAUGUUGCUUAUGUUUUCAGUCUAUUGAUUAAUGUAGCGCCAAUUGUAAUUUAAAGUUAGCCUUUAUCAAACUGCAAGACAAGGAAAAUAAUAUUUAAAAAAGGAUAUUAAAAGGCCGCAAGAAGCGAGGGUGGAGUAAUGAGUUUGAAGGGAGUGGUGUCUUUAAAACCCCAGAAUGUUCAAUGAUUUACCUACAAAAUAAUUAUAAUUUUAUUUUCAGACCCAGUAUAGUUCAGAUGUAUUAUUUUUAAAAACUAGUUUCCCUUUUUGAUCUAGAAAAUCCAAUCUUUUCCAAACUCAUUGCUUCAUUCUCGCUUUGAAAAAUCUUCAGAACCAAAUGAAACACUUGAACUCGUUGAAGAUAAAGCUCACUGUAAAAUCGAAAUAAACCCGGUACAUAAAUGUAGCCUCUAUAGCUUAUUCAGAAACAAAAAGAAAUGAAAAUUUAUGCGCCUUUUGCCUUAGCAACAAUUGAAUCGCCGCUUCGCUAUGCUAAUCCACUAGCAGCAUGUUGCAGCAACACAUAUCACAAGCAGCGCUGGCAAUAUGUUGCACUCAAAGCAUUUUGUGUUUGCUGUGCGCGCGUGUAAACUAAAUGGAGGAAUAAAAAAAACUAUUGUUUAGUGCAAAUUAUUAAAUGAAAUUGUUGUCUAUGAUAUAAAAUUUUAUGCGCCGCUUUUUAAGUGUUUUUUGGAGGGAGAGCAGACAGGAGAGCAAUUGUCGUUGGCCGCCAGUUUUAAGUUAUAACUAUCGAUCGAUCGUGUAUAUUUAUGUUAACUAAGCCAAUUAAUUUAAAUACCACCUUUAGUUUUUAACACUAACACCAAGCACAAGACAAGCAACAAUGCAACUAAAUACUAAAACCCAACAGAACCAACAACAAACACACAAAUUGUAGUUCAAUUAUUAUUUAAAAAACUUGUUUUUAAAUUCGUCAUCUGUCAACCAAUCGAAGUAAUCAAUCCAAUCAAUCAAUCAAAUCAAGCGAAAACAAGCAC